GCGGAAGCCGUUGCUUCUGGUGGGGAAAAAAACCCUGAUGAUUAAUAUUUCUAACAGGUUGAAACUUAAACGCAUUUAACGUUAUUAAAACUAUUCUACGCCAGCUGGCUUUUAAAAGGGUGGGAAUGCAGAGAGCCCGUUGAAAGUUGGCUGGGUUGAUCUGGGAGUGGCUUUCUGGAUCGAUACUUGUCCUUGAUGGAGGAGAAUGCCGCUUCUCGCACGGGGCUUGCCAUCGCCGUGCUGUCCAGUUUAGUGAACGGUUCCACUUUCGUUUUGCAGAGGAAAGGCAUCCUUCGUGCUGAGAGCAGAGGAGCUUCCUAUUUAACGGAAUUGAUUUGGUGGACUGGAACUUUAGGAAUGGGACUGGGUCAAAUCGGGAACUUCUUGGCCUACAACACUGCCCCUGCUGCUUUGGUGACUCCACUUGGAGCCCUUGGUGUACCAUUUGGGUCACUCUUGGCUUCCUAUAUGUUGCAAGAGAAGUUAAACUUGUUUGGCAAACUCGGAUGUGUGCUAAGUUGUGCAGGGUCAAUUAUACUCCUCAUUCAUGCUCCAAAAACAGACAAUAUAACAUCAAGGGUGCAACUUGAAGAAAAACUUCUAGAUCCAGUGUUUCUUGGAUAUGUAUGUGUUGUUCUGGCGAUUCUCGUCUUGCUGAUCUUCUGGAUUGCACCUUCUCAUGGCUCUACCAACAUGAUUGUCUAUAUUAGCAUUUGUUCAUUACUGGGCACCUUCACCGUACCCAGCAGUAAAGGCAUUGGCUUAGCUGCUCAAGAUGCAUUUCACAAAAACCUGCUAAAUAAAAGAGCUCUGAGCCUUUUUAUCAUUCUGCUAGUAACACUGGGUUGCAGUAUUUUUCUUCAGUUUAUCUACAUUAAUAAGGCAUUGCAGUACUUUGAUUCCUCUAUAUUCGGUGCUGUAUACUAUGUGUUUUUUACAGUUUUAGUCAUAUUAGCAUCUGGAAUCCUCUUCCAAGAAUGGAGUGAUGUUAGCUUUGUAGACUUCCUUGCAAUGCUGUGUGGGUUUACUACAGUUUCAGUUGGGAUUAUACUUCUGCAGAUGUUCAAGGAGUUCAACAUUUCAGUCACUGACUUAAGAAGUCACAUCAAAGAGACACUGAAAAACCAAAGAAUUUACGGACCACUUCGCAGUCGUAGUUCAGUUUCUGGCCAGAUAUGUAUCAGGACAGCAGUGAACAUUGUCAGAUAUGUGGAACACAAUAAUGAAAGGAUUUAACAUAUUGUUUCAUGAACUUGGUGUGAUUAAUGUGAACCAGUUUCCAUUACCAAUGCACAGGUUGCUUCCCCUCCCUCAUAUUAAUACACAUUAAUUUAUUAAGUAGACACUACCGAGUAGAAGCUUGUGUCCUGUUUUUUUUUUGGCAGGAGUUUAGAACUGGAUUGUUGCCCGGACUCUGUUGUUCCAAAUGUUGGCAAGUAACCAAAAUGUUGGACAACAAUUCUUAAAUGCUAAACUGCAAUUCCCAUUUGUGUUGGUAUUUCAUGAACUUCAGUCUGCCUUUGUGUUGGACAUGUUACUUUGAAGAGGGCAAUCUUGUCAUGUGAUGCCUUGAAACUAAUUUUCUUCAUUCCCUUUAUGACCUUCGUAAAUGCUGCAUUGUUGCUUUACUGAAUACUGAGCUCAGAGUGGACAUGAAGAGGUUUGCAAACAGCAGUUUGUACAAGUGUGAAUUAAUAGUUUUACCUUUUCAUCCCUGGAACAUGUGUUUAUCGGUAAUUCAUGUUAAUGAGAAUUUACAACAAUAUUGCAGCUGAUUCAAAAUUCCUUGCAUUUUUAUUGAAGUUGAAAGAAUUUGGAGUCAUUAUAAUUUUGAGGGCAAAAGUGUGUUUUAGUCUAUAGACUUUUAAAAGGGAUUUUUGGAAUUUUCAAAAUUAUGAAAUGCACAACUUACAACAAAAAUGAGGAUGUGCAGAUGAUUAAAGUGUUUUGAGAAAAAGGAUUAUUGUUGCUGAUGUUCUACCCUGAGACAGUGGUAACUUUGGAAUUCAUCUUCCUGUAUUUUCAGUUCCCAUCUAUGAGUAAUUGUGUUUCUAUAUUGUUUUUCAAGUGUGGGUGUGUCAUCAAGGUUAGUGCGGGUUCAGACAUGGAUCCUGAAUGAAAUUUUAGCAAUAGCAUUAACUCCAAACACUUCCCCUGCUGGACUGUCUUAUGACCCAGGCACUUCACUGAUGCUCCCUGACUUGGGCUACUUAUGGUACUGAAUAUCUGUCAUAUUGAUCACUAUCUCCAAUUCAAUAAUAUGUUGAUGCUAUUGAUCGAUAUUUUUAUGUUAGGGUUAAUACAAAUGUGGUAGCAUAGUGGUCAGCACAACACUUUACAUUGCAGGUGGCCCAGGUUCAAUGCCCACUGCUGCCUGUAAGGAGUUUGUACGUUCUCCCUGUGACUGUGUCGGUUUCCUCCCACAGUCCAAAGGUAGACCAGUUGGUAGGUUAAUUGGUCAUUGUAAAUUGUCCCGUAAUUAGGCUAAGAUUAAAUUGUGGGUUGCUGAAAGCACAGAUCGAAAGGCCUAUUCUGCACCAUACCUCAACAAAUAAAUAGUUUGAUAAUAAUUAGGAGUGGGGCAAUUAAUAGUAGCACACACAAAACGCUGGAGGAACUCAGCAGGUCAGGCAGUUUUUUGCAGCCUCUUCCAGCCUUAACCCCAACAAUAACAUUGAAAAAUUGAUUAAUAAUUAAAAUGUUCUCAAAUAAUGGAUUCAUCUCCUAAUAAUUAUUUAUUCUCACACUGGAUGUAUUAGCUUUGUGAUUAACCUAAAGAUAAUAUUUAACCUACUAAGAGCUGCAUACUGGUAUCUCAGGUUUUGUGAUGAAAAUUUUCUAUAUUUCAAAAUUUAUGUGAAAUAUACUGGUAAUUUAUUAAAUUUGAUGUAAUUCCAAUUUUAACUGUUUGACAUUGGGGUCGUUUUUGUCCAAA